AUGAAUUUUACGGAUACAGUUAAAGAACUUUUGGAUGCGAAAGCGCGAGAUCCCAAUUAUAAUUCGUCUUGGGCAGCUUUAUGUGGUGGUCUAUUUCAGGCGGAAGAUCACAAUUUGUCAACUCUUGAUGACAUGUCGGUUCACCUGUAUCAAUGCAUACUUUCCUGUGUAAGUUCAGAGGUGUCAAAGGAUUCACGGUUCGAAAAAGGAAUUCUAGAGAGACCCUUUUAUCUGGCAUUGGUCGAAAUGCUAAGGAAUUGCUUUGAAAAUGGUGGGGAAUUCCCGGAUGACAUAAAACAUAGUAAAUUAUUUAUGCUCGAAAACAUCAAUCUGUCGAGAUUGGAGGAAAUCGAGAAAGAAAUGAAGCGUAUCUUGGAUUUAUGGAACGGGUUUCCCAAUGUACUCGAAAGUUUGCAUAAAAAUACACUUCGUGACUUUCUCUUUAAGUUUUUGACGCCCAGAGAUCUUAACACGUUCUUGGGGCUCCGAACCACCGUAGGGUCGGCCACGCAACUUCCACCAUCAUUGUUCGAUUGGAGCUAA